AUGAACUUUGGGGUAGAGGGCAAUCAAGAUUAUUCUCUGUGUGUGUGUGUGUGUGUGUGUGCGCCCCCCUGUGUGUGGGUUGUCAUUUACCUGUCACUUCCUAAAGAAGGCAUGGUUUAUUUAUAUCGUCCAGUAGAAUGGAGUGCAUGUAGGCUACAUAAGGCCAGACAAAGCACUCUCCAUUGUUCAGUGGCAUUUUGGGAGUCCCAUUGUUCUGUUCAUCACCCAUCUCUUCCAGCUCCAGCUAUGGUAAGUGCUUGUCCUGUUCUAUGCCACUGUUUGAUUUCACACUGUCAGCUAUGUCAAGGGGGUGGUUGUAGAGGAAAGGGAAUUAUUAGUGUGACUCUCCGCUAAGUCCUUGGAGGAAGCAGAUAUACAGGUAGAUAGAUGUGUAUUUAGAUCGAUUGAUGAUGGUAGCUUGGAUGAUGGUGAUGACAGCUGUUAGAAUCAAUAAAGGAAUUUGUUAGAUUUUAUAUCUAUGAUUUUAUAUCUGUUCAGUAUUUCCCGUAUGUUUCCUUCAUACAUGUAAAGUAUUUUAAGUUGGGCAGGAUAACGCCUUAAAUCAUAGUAUCUAGUUUAGUUAGUUCAAGGCAUGGUCCUGGCAAAGACAGUUCUAUCCCAAACGUAACAUUUGUAUUGUGUGGAUACACUGGCGCUAGUAUAAAUCUGGCUAGAUCUGCUCCUGGAAGACCACAGUAUGUGGAUGCUUUUGCUCCAGCCCACCAUGUUUUAUGGAUAUACCUCUCCUUUCCACCUCUCUCCAAAGGCACCCAAGAAGGCAAAGAAGAAGUCAGCAGACUCCAACUCCAAUGUGUUUUCUAUUUUUGAGCAGUCUCAGAUCCAGGAGUUCAAGGAGGUAAGGAUCUGUCUCUCCCCUUAUUACCAUGACGACAGUCCAUCGAUCCCACUGCACCUUUGUCUGUCUGGUUUGUUUGUCAUCGUCCUAGUGCCCAACCCAUUCUGCCUCUUCUGUUCAGCCUGAAUCACACUAUAGGACCCGAACUGUACUAUGCUAGCUCAGACAUUUUCUUUUCACAUUGUCCUUUCAAGCACAGUUCCAGCAACUAUGGUGAAUGUUUAACCAGGCCACCUAGUACAGCUCGGCUUGGCUCGGUUUGGCCCUAUAGUGUGAAUCAGGCAUCUCUGUAAGCCUGUAGGUUUACCUGUCCCUCUGUCCAUCAUCUUUCAUGAGUUGUCCAUUGUCCACCUGUCUCUCUACCCUUGCCAUGAAUUCCAGGCGUGUGGUAUGAGCGGUGUUGCUCUUUAAAUCACGGCCAGGCAUUCAGGCCAUGUCAUCGGUGAUUAGGCAGGGCUGGCGAUAGAAUGGGAAACAUGCCCUGGCCUGGAUGUCACUCUUAAACCCCAGGGAGUAACAUAGUAUAAAUACAGUAACUAAGAAUAAAGGCUUAGAAAAAUGGAAUGUCCAGAGAUCCAUGUUCCAAAGAGCAUCGAUGGGAUCAUUUUGACAAAGAUUUAUAGAUGAAUCCCUCGUCUUCUCUUUCCCAUAUUUCAUAUUUAUUUAGAUAGUUGGAAGGAAAGAGGGAGAAAUGUGAGGGAGGAGAACCCCAUAUUCUGGCAUGGGGAUAACGUGUGGUCCGAAGUUGGCGGUGAUACCAGUUGACCAAACACCGGCACAUAGACUGAUUUGAUAUGCAGAGUGGCUCCAACUGUAGCCCAUGGGAUUUACUGUCACUUUCCUCCCAGCACAUACACACACACAGACAAACUCUAGUUACUGGAGUCUCCCAUUAAGUGUUAACCUCCAUAUUGACAGGCCUUCACCAUCAUGGACCAGAACAGAGAUGGAUUCAUUGACAAAAACGACCUGAGGGACACCUUUGCUGCACUGGGUGGGUUGAAGAUAUAUUCUAUUAUUUAUCUAUUUGAUCAGUUAGGUCAGUGAGAACGUAUUCCCGUUUUAAAUAACGACCUGGCCUAACUAAAGCAAUGGUACUGACCCAUGUCUCUGUAACAGGGCGGCUCAACGUGAAGCAGGAGGAGAUAGAUGAGAUGCUGAAAGAGGCGUCUGGCCCCGUCAACUUCACCAUCUUCCUCACCAUGUUCGGGGAGAAGCUGAAAGGUGAAGUGUGCAAACAAGGGAUGCGUUCAGUUGGUUAAACGUCCUGCUACAUUUGGCAACAGUACUGAAUGUCACUUUCUCCCAAAAGUUUACCAGAUGUGUUGCCUGAAUCCUAAUUUGAAUGGCAUUUUCCCUCUGAAUUUUGUAUGUUGUACUCCUAUAUUGUCCACGUCUGCCUCCCAUCAACUUAGUUCUAAUAUGACGUUUUCUCUGUGUAGGCGCUGAUCCAGAGGAGACUAUCCUCAACGCUUUUAAAGUAUUUGACCCCGAAGGAAAAGGGGUCCUGAGGAAGGACUUGUGAGUACUCGUGUGUGUGUAAACGGGUCUAUAGGGUAAAGGCUUUGUGGAGAUGGUUAAUGUAAUCCUAAACGCCUUGUACUUGCUCCACUUCAGUGUGACAGAGAUGCUGACGACACAAGCGGACAGAUUUACUCCUGAAGAGGUUAGAGCCCAACCAAUUUACACUAAACGCACUAUAAGCCAUAUACCCUACACACACAACUAUCGAAAUACAGCAGACAAGCCAUUUUCAUUAAAUAACUCAUAGCCACUCAUAAUCAGUAACACAACAUAGUUCAUGCAUAAACAUGUUGCGUGUUGCUUUGAAUAUGUUGUGAAGAGCAUGAUGUGUGCGUCAGUGAUUGAGUCACAAAAUCUUCUCGCUGGUUUUCUCAGAUGGAACAGAUGUUUGUAGCCUUCCCACCAGAUGUGGCAGGAAAUCUAGACUACAAAAACCUUGUGCACAUCAUCACACACGGAGAAGAGAAGGACCAGGAGUAACUAACUUACUCCCUGCUCCUUUAGCGUGUCUGUCAAAGAGAUAGAAAUAGAAGCUCUAGACUAGAGAGAAUCUAGAGCUUCUAUUUCUAUGGUCAAAACACAGAUCGGCUGACAUCUAUCAUCUCCAGGCUCCAUCCACGGUCCUGUGUGCUUGCCCCACCCACUUACCUAAUCAGAUCAGGUGCAGCCCCACAGUGGAAGAGGAGGAAAAUGAACAGGGGGAAACUCACUGACCUCUACCUCCUACAAAAGGCUUGACACUUUUCAACUGGCCUCCUUUUGUGAUGCAAUAUGUUUGCCCCUCAUCAGCAGUGGUUAAGGCCAGCUUUUCCCAAACUCGGUCCUCUGGACCCCAAGGGGUGCACGUUUUGGUUUUUGCCCCUAACACUACACAGCUGAUUCAAAUUAUCAAAGCUUGAUGAGUUGAUUAUUUGAAUCAACUGUGUAGUACUAGGGCAAAAACCAAAACGUGCACCCCUUGGGGUCCCCAGGACCGAGUUUGGGAAACUCUGGGUUAAGCCAACUGUCAAGCCAAAUGUGUGUAAAUGGUCUCCUCAGACAAUGGUUGAAUUCAGGCUACAGCUAUUAUACAAUCUGAUCACUGUUCAAUAAA